CUGCUCAGGCUCUCCUAGCGUAAACUGUAAGGGGCUGCGUGGCUUAAUGUUGCUUUAUAUUGUUAUUAUUACAGUGCCUUAAUUUGUCAAUAAGAAAUAGCAAUACUGUACAGCUAUCUAAAAGAAGCAGAGUUGAUACAGAAUGAUCUGAAACGGCUUAUCAGGCAGCCGUGAUGCUCAGUUGAAAAUUCAUAACUCAGAACUGUUGGCAUUUAGAAGAAAUAUGUCACCACAUAAGGUUUAAAUCUGGGCCCCUUUCAGGUUUUAUAAAAGUACUGUUGAAGUUAGAAAUGUCAGUGUGUUUGACAGAAGACCAGAAAAGAAAGAUUGAAGAGAACCGGAUUAAAGCACUGGCCAGAAGAGCAGAGAGACUGGCAGCCCAGCAGAAAGAAGUGCAUCCUGGAAAAAACAACUCUAAUAACUUUCUGUACAACAAUUUGCAAAAUGCAGAAUCCUCACCAACCACACUGUUGCCUGUAGCAGCUGAACAUGGUAACUUUAGGGAGGCAAAGAGUUUUCAACAGUGUAACACUGUUCAGGUAUUAAGUGCACAACGAUCACUAGCCAUAAAUGGUCCUCUGAAGCAAGAGUCUUUAAAACCAAAUGCUGAACAGAAUCCAGGCUGGAAACAGCCUCCUGCUGUUCGUGUUGAAGACCCUCAAAGAGCCAAAGAUGUGACUGAUGCAAGUAAAGUGGUGGUGGAGAAGCCUGAUACAGCUACAAAAUUCUUCUAUGGAUCAGCAAUUAAGGGAUCCUCAAGUGCUUCGGCAAAAGUCCCUGAAAGUGUUAAUGGCAUUCCUGGGAAAAAAACUGUGAUUCUUGUGAAAGGGAAGUGUGUAAUGCAUAAUGAAGAACGUUUUCGUGUAGAAGUUGGCUACAACUCUGAUCUGAUUGCUUUGUUUAAGAGCAUACCCAGUAGAAACUAUGAUUCUAUAAUGAAAAUGUGGAAUUUCAGCCUGGAAGAUUACAGUUUUCUCAUGAAUGAAGUGCAAAAGAUAUCUGCAGUGUCCCUGAAGCCAUUGGAUGGCCUGGAGAAUGUGGAUGUGGCAAUGGCUACCAGCCUGUCGAGCAACAGUGCAUCUCUUGGUGCCUUGUUAAGGCUCUGUUGUAACUGGCAAAAGCCCACCGCUGUGACUCAUGCACGUUGUGUGUUGGUGUCACGAUCACGUUUUGAAGUAGAGUCAGGAUAUAAUGCAGAUGUUAUUGCGGCUUUUAAGCAGAUAAAUUCAAGGAAUUAUGAUAUGAAAACAAGGAAAUGGAGUUUUCUUUUGGAGGACUACAAAGAACUAAUGGAGAUCCUAUUUAAACUGCCUUCUGUUGAAACUGAACCACUUCCCCGUGCUGUGAUACAGGCAUUUACUCAACAAUUUGAUAGGACCACAGUGGAAAUUCCCGAGAUCCCAGUCGUCGAUUUGUCUGCUGUUGAUCCUGUUUUGGAGAAAAGUUUAAUGCCCUUUCAAAGAAAUGGAAUUGAAUUUGCAAUUUCAAGAGGGGGUCGGCUGCUUUUAGCUGACGAUAUGGGACUAGGAAAGACAAUACAAGCAAUCUGUAUAGCGAUGUACUACAGAAAAGAGUGGCCUCUCUUGGUUGUGGCACCUUCCUCAGUGAGGUUCACUUGGGCAGAGGCUUUUCAGAGGUGGCUGCCAUCUGUAGAUCCAAAAAACAUCAAUGUUAUAGUUAAGGCCAAAGACAGCUUGAUCUCUGGUCUUAUCAGCAUUAUAAGCUAUGAUCUGCUUAGCAGAAUGGAUAAACAACUUUCAGGAACUUCAUUUAAAGUAUUGAUCAUGGAUGAAUCUCAUUUCAUGAAGAACACAAAGACGGCACGCUACAAAGCUGCAAUGCCUUUGUUAAAGGCAGCAAAAAGAGUGAUCCUUCUUUCUGGUACACCUGCCAUGUCGAGACCUGCAGAGCUGUAUACCCAGAUUACUGCUGUGCGUCCAUCAUUCUUCCCACGUUUCCAUGAUUUUGGAGCACGUUAUUGUGAUGCUAAACAGUUACCUUGGGGCUGGGAUUACUCAGGAUCCUCAAACUUGAAUGAACUAAAAUUGCUUCUGGAAGAGUCUCUGAUGUUACGCCGUCUCAAAAGUGAUGUCCUUUCCCAGCUACCCGCAAAGCAGCGUAAAGUGGUGAUUGUCUCACCUGAUGGGAUAACUGCAAAGACCAAAGCAGCUCUGGCUGCUUGUGCUAAGGAAAUGGAGAAAGGGCACAAAAAUAAACUCCAAGAGAAGGAAGCACUUUUGGUUUUCUACAACAAAACUGCUGAAGCUAAAGUAAGAGCAGCUGUAGAAUAUUUAUUUGACUUGCUUGAGAGUGGACGGGAGAAGUUUUUGGUGUUUGCUCAUCACAAGAUAAUGUUGGAUAAUAUGUGUAAAGAGCUCAAAGAUAAGGGCUUAAAUUAUAUUCGAAUUGAUGGCUCUACAUCCUCUGCUGAUCGACAAGCUCUUUGUGAGCAAUUCAAUUUUUUGGAGAGUAGCUGUGUGGCAAUUCUGUCCAUCACUGCAGCAAACAUGGGCCUGACACUUUCAUCCGCUGAUCUAGUUGUCUUUGCAGAACUAUUUUGGAACCCAGGGGUUUUAAUCCAAGCCGAGGAUCGUGUUCAUCGAAUAGGGCAAACCAGCAAUGUUAAUAUUCAUUAUCUUGUCGCUAAAGGAACAGCGGAUGAUUAUUUAUGGCCAAUGAUACAAGAGAAGAUGAAAGUUCUAGAGCAGGCUGGACUGUCAGAGAGCAACAUCUCAGACAAUGCUGAAUCCGCUAAAUUCACUUGUAAGGAUCCCAAGCAAAAGACGAUUCUUGACAUGUUCCAGAGAUCAUUUGCAGAAGGUGGAGAAGACGGUGAUGACGCAUUUUUUGCAGAGGCUGCUGACGAAUGGGAUAAUUCUGAGUUUGGAAACAGUUCAGAAACUACUGAAUGGGAUGGACCUUGCAAAAAAAGAUGUAUUCAAUAAUGUAAAUAAUUUUUUCUAGUACAUUUUUAAUUUUGUACAAAAUAUUAAUAAUUGUUACAGUUUUAAUAAUAAACUACAAAUAUAAAGCA